AACCAAAUUGACCAAUUGGUAAACAAGUCUAGCAACCUUUAUAAAUAAACCUCAAACUAUUACGUCUUGUACUGAAAGAAUAAAGAUGGAGAAAAUGGAGUCAGCGAGCGAGAAAACAAACAAGUACCGUUCUUUCAUGUAUGGAGAAGGUGAGAAGAACACCAAAUGGGUGUCUGGAGCUCCUCCUAAUUUCGACAUCGUCGACAAACUCUUCGAAGAAGGCAGGACCAAGAUAUGGGAGGUUGGUUCACUGGAAGAGAAAGUGCAAAAUCUGGUAAAGACCAUGGAGAUGGAACUCUUUCAUAAGUCCCCUCAGGAUUAUAAAGCUAUUGAUGCUACCAAGUUUGCUUUUAGUGUUAAUGGGAGGAAGGCGCUAACAUUGGAAGGAAUAAGGAAGAUGGGUGGGGGAUACAAUGGGUUUCUACAAACAUCAUUACCAGAGGAGUUGCGUUUGUAUGACCCAACAAAGGAGACAACAGAAUCAUCCCACAGGCUCUUCACUACUACAUUCCCUCGAGGGUUUGCUUUCGAGAUUCUCCAAGUCUACUCCGGUCCACCGGUGAUUGCGUAUAAGUUCAGGCAUUGGGCUUACAUGGAAGGUCCUUUCCUUGGCCACCCUCCUACAGGAGACCUAGUUGAGUUCUUUGGGUGUGCUAUUUUUGAGGUGGAUGAACAAAUGAGGGUGAUCAAAGUUGAGUUCUUCUAUGAUCGUGGGGAGUUGCUUGGUGCUCUUAUGAAGGGUUCUAAAUUGGAAGGGUCUUUUGCUGAUAUGAAACUAGGUUGCCCUGUUUUAAGAAAUUCAGGUUUUAGAUGACGCUUUCGCAGUCUCCUCCUAUUGCUUGUAAUGUUCACAGAAGUUUGAUUUUGAUCUUCUUUCAUGUAGACAGCAGAUCACCUCUGUAACUUCUGUUCGAAAAAGAUGAGCUUCAAAUAUGCAAUUCUUUGCAAUAGAAAUAAGAUCAAAUAAGUUGAGAGAA